AUGAAUGAACCAUUCAAUCAGGUUGAUUCACCCGAAUGCGAUCGUCUACUUCAUCCAAUAAAUUUAUCAAAUGCAGCAAUAUUAACGAAUGAUACAGGUGCAAUUAUCUACAGUUUAUUUCAAAAAUUGCAAUCUUGUUUGAACCAUUCGACGUUUGUUAGAGGUGGAACUGUUUUCUUUAUCACGAAUGUUCCAUGCGACUCGAUGUGCACACAGUUGUAUAAAUUAAUCGAAGAGCAAGAUAAGUACACGGAUUUUUUAAAUAGCAUUGGAUAUGUGUUCCGCAUUAUUUAUUUUGACGAUCUUGGUAAUCUCGACAACAAUCCAUUGUGCCAAGUGAAAUCCUUGUUUGACUACUGCAAUACGUACGCAGAUGUGUUCCAAAUAAAGAACGAUUGGGAAGCUUAUGCCAUCCGAUUGUAUACGUGUCCUCCGACCGAAAAUGUUGUAGACACGGAAGGAGCACGGCAUGAACUUCAGAGUAAUUUACGUUCAACGUCGCUCGGAAGUGGGGUAGUUGUGGUCGUUCCAAACGAAUACUGUGCUGACUGCAUAACGCCUGAAAAACGAGAAACUCCCGAUCAUAUGAGGAUCGGUGAUGAAUGGGAAAUCGCAGAAGACCAACUAAGUAUCCACGAGAAUGAAAUAUUGGGAAAGGGUGCGUUUGCUGUUUGUUGCAAAGGCACCUUAAAGGGACAGCUACCUGCCACUCGCAUAAUCAAAAACCUUAAUCUGGCUAUCGAAUCUAUCGAGAAUGUUUCCAACGAGGUAGCAGUGAAACUGUUGCCGACGUAUGCGGAUGAAGCAAGUCGUGUGGAUUUCUUCAAGGAGAUCGAUUUCAUGAAAACACUUGGCUAUCAUGCACAUAUUGUUUCUUUAAUUGGAUGUGUAUCAAAUCCAUUUGCACCCAAAAUCGUUACAGAGCUAUGUGCGAACGGCGAUUUGCUGCGGUUCUUAAGGAAUAAUAGAUUAAAUUUCGUCGCGAACGGAACUUCAAGGUGCGAUGAGCAUUGUGGUGGACUCCAUUUUGAUACAAAAGAUCUGAUUUCGAUUGCCUGGCAAGUAUGUGAUGGAAUGUGUUAUUUAAGCUCACGAAAGUUGGUGCACCGAGAUCUAGCUGCUCGUAACGUAUUGCUCACGAAAAAUCUUGUCGCAAAAAUUGGUGAUUUUGGGUUGUGUCGUUACGUGGAUCAAGCACUGUACACGCCAAACGGUGGACGUUUACCGGUCAAAUGGAUGGCUAUCGAAUCGUUAAGACGACACGAAUACACAACCAAAUCUGAUGUGGUUUUUGUGUUAUAUGAGCAUGUGGCAAGUUCACGUUUCAGGUGGUCUUAUGCUGUUUUACUGUUUGAGUUGUUCAGUCUCGGUGAUGCACCGUUUCCAGACGUACACCCACGAGACAUAAUUUCCCACCUGGACAGAGGUAAUCGUAACGAAAAACCAACACAUUGUCCCGAUGAAAUAUACAGUUUGAUGUGUCGUUGCUGGGAUGAGAGUCCGUCGAAGAGGCCAACAUUCGAGGAGAUCAAAACGGUUUUAGCGGAGAUGCUACGAGCGGAUGAUGCAGCAAAUGACUACUUGACGGUCGUAGAGAAUGACACUGAUGCGUAUCUGAUGUCAAUAUCACAGAAACGAAGAAUGUCAAUGCAACAACAAAAUAUUUGUUCGCAAUGUGUAAAUAAUAAAACGAUCCAAAUGUAA